CUGAGGACAACAACAACGACAUAAAAUCCUCGCCAUCACACCGGUCUAACUGGAAAAUUGCGGUAGCUUGCCUUUCCACUAUUUUUUAUACUGCCCCGCACGACAAGGACGAAAAUGAGUCCAUUCUUCGGAAAUGGCUCCUGAAUAAUGUGGAGUCUGUCGCUCCGGACAUUAUAGCUCGCCAUCAUGAACAGCUUUCGGGCCAAAUGUUGGUCGAUUUUCAAACUCCGACUUCACGCACGUGACGCUACUCCCUACGCCAUUGUCCAUGACCAAUUUUCCCGUACCACUAUCACGUUGAAGCGCCGAAGAGGACCCUCGCAGUCACCAAGCUCAUAACGCAAUGAAAAAUACUGCAAUUACACAUCAACUCGAUCAAGGAAACGCUUCCCUUUCCCUAACACCUCAUUUUUCCAGAUAUUCACCACAUAAAGAUCCCCUUAGCUCUCGGUCUAUGAAUGAAUGCAAAGAACCCGCAUGCCCCAUACUAGAGAUGACCUCUCAGUGCACUGACAAGUGUGUCGUCGUCGCCUGUAACGAUCCUACCCACCCUGAGCCCAGUUGCCACAUUGCAGACGGUGACAUGAUCUGCGAUAGCGCCUGUGUUCCUGACGAGGACUGCGGUGAUUGUUCUGGUCUUGAAGAAUUGCUGCAAUGCUGCACCGAUUAUCAUUCUUAUCUAUCCCAGCCAAAGUCCCUUGACCCAAGUCUCACACAGUUCAACUGGAACCCACAGUCAACAAAUGGUUUUGUCGAACAACAUGUACCCCGAUUUUCUCCAGAAUACAGUACCAUAGCCCCUUUGGGUAACGCUUCUCCCGAAUCGACUCAGUUCACACCCGUUGGCCUGCCACAACACCUACCACAGUUCUCACCAGAUAUGUUUACUUGUUUGUGGGGGGACUGUAAGGCUACAUUCCCAUCUCUUAUGGAGCUAGUCGGGCACGUCAACUUGGACCAUCUCCGCCCUCCAAGUUUAACGAAGGAAUCAGCCCCUCAGCAGAAUCAACAAUUCGACACCAAUACUAUGUCGUGCCACUGGGGAGACUGUGUUAUGUUACCCUGUACAGAAUCAAUUUCAAGCUCUUCGACAACCGUGUUUACAGAUACUGUCCUUGACGCUCUUACUACACACUUGAUGCAAGAUCAUUUUGGUAUCAAUUACCCUUUCCCACAAUCGAUGAUGGCGCGCACGGCAUUACCACCGGAAAUUAUUCCCCAUGACGAAACAUCCACAGACGUCCCUCCCUAUCCUUCACCUCUGGACAAGUCUUAUCCGCCAGACUCCCCCUCCCCGUUCACAGACGCCAUCAAACCUUGUAAAUGGAGUGGCGGUAAAGCACACUACGAGUGUUGCUGGGAGGGUUGCUCUCGGAAUGGGACGCAAGGAUUUUCAAGUAAACAAAAAGUCGCACGGCACAUGCAGUCGCACACAGGACAUAGGCCAUUUAAGUGUAAAAUAUGUAAUGCACAUUUCUCAGAAACAGCUACGCUGCAACAGCAUAUGCGGAGGCAUACCCAAGAGAAGCCAUACGUUUGUGAUUUUCCCGGGUGCGGCAAAGCGUUUGCUAUCACGGGUGCAUUGACGAUUCACAAGCGGACGCACAAUGGUUUCAAGCCGUUCAAGUGCAAGUUUUGCGAGAAGGCUUUCGCUGAGUCGUCGAAUCUGUCGAAACAUUUACGAACGCAUACAGGUGCACGCCCUUAUCCCUGUCCUGAGGGUGGGUGUGGAAAGUCUUUCGCGAGGCCGGACCAGCUUGCGAGACAUAUGGGUGUACAUAGAAAGAAGGACCCAGGACUGGGAAUGGAAUGAACACCUUGGGAUAAAAUGUGUUUAGUCAUUAUGUAUCUAUUAUGAAGAUAGUCCACGAGUUUUCGCAGUGGUGUCAAGCUAUUUAAGUUCACUUGAGCAAU